CACACACACACACACACACACUGGUGCAUGCAGACAAUAGAGCCUUGACUCACAAACACAACUCUUUUUGACUAUGUGGUUGCCAGGAAACUUAGUCUGAGUCUUUAAGAGUGAGGAUAAUAAAAGAAACGAAGUGUGUGUGUGUGUGUGUGUGUGUGGCUUCUGCCACUGCUUGGGCUACUGGGGGCAGUUAGUUAACUCUCGGUGGGUGUGUGUGUGCUGCAGCCGGGGUUGUUAACGCUGAUUGCCUCUCAGACAUCGCUGGCCGAGACAAACCCCCGGACACAGCCGCUCGAGCCGGAAUCGGCCGCAUCUCCUCCGGGCGAGAGACCCAGUCAAGGCCAAGACGGACCAACCCCAGGCUGGAGAUUUUGUUUGAAAUGUCACCGAUUUAAAAAUGGUGUUUGAACACCUGAGAGCACGGGGAGUCCUGGACAGUGUACUGUGGGCGCCCACUGUGGACUGAAAGGUUGAAAUUGGCUGUCUUGGCCUAAGCUGUAACCAUGGGAACGCGGAUGGAGGUGGCACAGCUUGAAAGCAGGAUGAACACCGAGGACUACAGAAAGUUGCAGAAUCUCUUCCUUGACUCCUCGGGAGCACCUCGAUCCUUGUCCAGAACCGAAUUCAUUAAUCUGGCCUGGUCAUCGGUCAACCGUGGGUCCAUGGAGGAUUACGGCCUCCUUUUUGACGGCGUGGUGGUCACCCAGGAGCACCGCGGCCUCUUUUUGGACGGCGAUGCCGUGAAGGAAGAGGGACGCAUCGAUUGGCCGGGGCUCUGCUCCUUCCUGCUGCUGGAGCUGUCCGAAAAAGUCAAAAACGGCAGAGCCAUUAACAAACCUCGCUGGAAGCCGCCUCGGACGCUGACCUGCCCACACCGAGACCCCGUCCAGAAGGUGCUGUACCAGCGCGGCUCGGGUCAGUACCUCGCUGUGAGCAAAGGAGGGACGGUGGGGCUGCGGGACGGACGGGACAUGUCCCUCCUGCUCACACGUCGGCUGCAGAACAGCACGGUCGCACCCAAAGACCUCUGGGUCACAGACGCCGCGCUGCUGCACAACCUACACAAGAUAGCUGUGUCUUUCACAAGUAAAGAGGUGUGUUUUUAUGACAUACUCUCUAAUCAGGACUUCAGCUGCAAGUAUAAACUCCAGGGCUUGAAGUUCACUCCCUGGUGUCUAGACUACUGGGUGGAUGCGUCUCGGCCUGACCACGCUGUCCUCGCCAUCGGUGACAUUGGAGGACAGGUCAAUGCUUUGCAUUUCACCUCAGCCCAGAUCUCUCUGUUCAAGAGACUCGGUCGGAGGACGGACUCCGACUCCGCCGACAUUGUCCUGUGGGACGACCUGGUCAAAGGGAGGCAUCACUCCUGCUACACCGUGACGCACCAAGCUCACGCACCUGCCUGGGUUAGGAAAGUGCGCUACCUGGGCUCGCUGGAGGCCCUGGUGUCCUGCAGCACCAGGCCACAGAGCAGCAUGGUGAUUGGCUGGAAGGAAAAAGAAAGCAGGAGCCUCAGAGUGACUUCUUACUUCACAAAAAUGGGAGUGUGGGACAUGGACCACCAUGCUGGGCUCGGUCUCAUCGCCACGGCAGGUGUGGACCACCAGGUCUUGCUGUGGAACCCGUACGUGACGUCUGAGGCCGUGUGCGCCCUCAGCGGCCACGCGGCCCCCGUCGCCGCUGUUCGCUUCACGCAGACCGAGGGGCAACUGCUCAGCUACUCCAAAGAUAAGGUGCUCUGCCUGUGGGACGUGGCCAACCGGCUGUGUGCCCACCGCGUGGCCGGGGUCUUCCCAGACAUCCGCGAGGACCCUCACACCCUCCUCUUCGUCCAGGAGGAGCGUCAACACGUCAUCCUUUCCUUCAACAGCCUGCUUGUGCUGCUCGACACGGUGAAGGAGGAGAGGAAGACCAGCAGCCAUGAACAUCCCAUCACCUGUGUGCUGUACAACAGUCUUUUCAAACAGGUCGUCAGCAGCGACUCUUCAUCGUCUGUGAUCUGCUGGUCAGCCGACACGGGCCGAAAGGUCAAGCAGUUUCACCGUUGCCAUGGAAACGCCGAGAUCUCCACCAUCGCCCUUGAUGGGACGCAGACACGGCUGUUUACUGCUGGCACUGAUGGAGAGGUCAAGGUCUGGGACUUUCAUGGCCGCUGUCUGCACAGAAUGAAUGCCGGACUGGGUCGCAGUGUGGACAUCUCCCAGAUCUUGUUGCUGAAAAGCAGCAUCCUGGUGAUGGGCUGGCAAAGGAUGUUUGCAGUUUUCCGUCUGCAUUCCUUCUCGCAGUCCUUGGUGGAGCCCUCGGAGUGGAAGGGAGGCGUUCAGCAUCGCGGUGAUGUGCUCUGCGCUGCCUUCCAGCCUCCACACACACUCGUCACAGGAAGCUACGAUGGAGAGAUCAUAAUGUGGAACAGCAGCACUGAAAAAGCUUUGAAAAAACUGCGACCACAGCCUGAACACGAAGGACACGCUCGGCAACAAGACUCUGACAGUUGUGCUGCCGUCACCAGAUUAUUCUUCAUCCCGAAACGCACAUCUUUGACUGAAAACACAGAUGGUGCUGAUUUGGUGUCCUGCGGCAUUUUGGGUGUUGUCAGGCUGUGGAACAGUCAACACGGCCGUUUGGUUGGACAGUUUUCACCUCACAGCGGAGACCUGGGGUCCAGCGGAUCUAUAGUUAUGGCCGUCAGCCCCUGCGGAAAAUAUUUAGCUGCAGCCAACAGAGAAGGAGCAAUCAAGACAUGGGACAUAGAGCAUUACUGUUCACGUUCGAUGGAAGAAGUGAUCAAGGAGUCCCCAAAACUGCUCCAAAGGUUCCACCCACACCUUGAUCGUGUCACUCACCUGGAGAUAUUCUCACUUGACAAUCGGCUAUUCCUGAUCUCGGCGUCAUCAGACUGCAGCGUGGCCCUCAGCCACCUCCCCGGAGAGACUCUUGGCUUGUUCGGACAGGAGGACCCUUGGUGUUUAGAGCAACCUGGACCACUGGAUCCACGCAAGGAACUGGACGAGGACCCGAGUGAAGACAGACGGCAAGACGAUGGUGAAUGA